AUGAAGACGGUGGUCGCCUCGGCGACCUUGCCGUCUCGGGAGCCGCACCACCGUGGACGCCGGGCCGCGAGGUGGCGAGGGGAAAAUGCAGAACUUGGACUGCCAGAAACAGGCCUUGCUAUUAUACCUGGAGCUGGAGGUACACAACGCCUUCCUAGGAUCGUCGGGAGGUCCAGAGCAAAGGAGCUGAUAUUCACUGGCCGCAGAUGUGGUGCAGCUGAAGCUGUAAUGAUGGGACUAGCAAACUAUUGUGUUCCAGCAGGAGAGGCUUACCAGAAGGCUCUUGACGUUGCCUGUGAGAUAACUCAGAAGGGUCCCUUGGGGAUAAGGAUGGCAAAGAAGGCUAUCAAUGAGGGGACAGAGGUCGCGGACAUGACCUCGGCGCUGGCUAUCGAAGGGGAGUGCUACGAGCAGCUGCUGCACACGCAGGAUCGCCUUGAGGCCCUGGCUGCAUUUGCCGAGAAGAGGAAGCCUGUGUACACAGGAAAGUAG